GCCCGCCCCCUCGCGGGCGCUGCAUCCUACGCUAGCUCCGCCACAGCUUGUCCACUGAGCGGGUGCCUGAGCCCCAGCGGCGGGGAGGUCGUCGUGGGGCUCCUGGGCCGCGGCGGCGGGCAGGCGAUGCUCCAGAGGCUUAGGCAGCCAUGGAGGCCGAGACGGGUGGCCUGGAGGAGCUGACGGAUGAAGAGAUGGCGGCUCUGGGCAAGGAGGAGCUGGUGCGGCGCCUGCGGCGGGAGGAGGCGGCGCGCCUGGCGGCUCUGGUGCAGCGCGGCCGCCUCAUGCAGGAGGUGAAUCGGCAGCUACAGGGUCACCUGGGCGAGAUCCGCGAGCUCAAGCAGCUCAACCGGCGCCUACAGGCCGAGAACCGCGAGCUGCGUGACCUCUGCUGCUUCCUGGACUCGGAGCGCCAGCGCGGGCGGCGUGCCGCGCGCCAGUGGCAGCUCUUCGGGACCCAAGCAUCCCGAGCCGUGCGCGAGGAUCUAGGCGGUUGUUGGCAGAAGCUGGCCGAGCUGGAAGGCCGCCAGGAGGAGCUGCUGCGGGAGAACCUGGCGCUCAAGGAGCUCUGUCUGGCGCUGGGCGAAGAGUGGGGUCCCCGAGGCGGCUCCGGCGUCUCGGGGGGCUCUGGCGCUGGGCCGACACCCGAGCUGGCCUUGCCCCCCUGCGGUCCUCGUGACCUGGGCGAUGGAAGCUCCAGUACCGGCAGCGUGGGCAGCCCCGAUCAGUUGCCCCUGGCCUGCUCCCCAGAUGAUUGAGGGCACAGCUUCCCGCCGACGCCCACCCGGAUUGCUCCUCAAGCGACGAGACUGCGGUGGACCUGGGGACCCGGACGCCGCCCCGGCUGCGCACGAAGGGCCGAUGGAAUGGACUUAGAAACCCUAACACUGAGGAAGGCCCCUGGCUCUCGCUGGCGGGGCAGUAGGGGGACUGGAGGCUGGAGUGGUGGGACUUACUGGGGGCUGGGUGGAGGCUAAUAAACUGAGGCGGAAGCAGAGCCCAUGGCCCGGGCGCGUCUGUUUGGAAAUCG